CACCGCGUCAGCGACUCCCACCACUGGGCGCUGGCGUUCUACCAGGACAGGCGAGCGCGGACGCUCUGGGCCGGGCCGGCCCUCGGGGGGGCCUCACGUGGUGCACAGUCGUACAUUGAAAGUCACAGGCUCGCAAAAAUUUCAAUGGUGCGCGAGGAAAUCCGUUCAAGCUGCAUGUGUUUGGGUGUGCAGCAGGAGAUGGACGACGUGCGUGCCUGCGCGCAGUGGGCCCCUUGCGCGGACGGCCGCGGGCAUGCCCCCGGCCGGGCCCGGAUCAAUGGAGUUGUCAGCGCAAUGCCGCGACGAAACUAACAUCACGAAAGAGGAAGCAGGCAGCGGGGGCCCCCGGCGCUCUGGCGUGAAGGAAUCAGCUCGGCGGUGGCUCUUGGGCAGUUGCCCGGCCGCCGCCCCUCAGGGCCCGGCCGCCGGCGCUUUUCUCUGUCAGUCCGCCCCCUCGGCCGGGGGGGUCGUUUUUCGUUCCUAUCGUUUCUUUCAGCCCGGCGCCCCUUUCCGGCCGGCCCGCUGGCUGAUCGAGUGUUCAACGAGUCCGGGCGUUCGAAGAGCUUCCUUCACUGUGUCGGCACUGGUGCCGGAGCAAUGGAGACGACCCCUAUGCGACUGGGUUUCGAGGCCGCUUAUGCCACGGACAGAUCCUUACUUACACGCGCAAGGGCCGAAGAUACCAGGAGGCCACAGCGCUCGCUGAUAAUAGAUCUUUCCGAACCCGCAGUGAGCGAGGCACCGAUCAGAAUGGAAGAUACGCUGUCACGACGAAGCAGCUGGACGCCGACACGCACUCCGCGCCCUGCCGCCCCUUUCCUGUUCUCGAGGUCAGGUGGGCAGGCGGCCGGCCGGAUGUGCUCGGUCGGUCGGUCGGUGGCCGGCCGCUCGCGCGCUCAAUAGAUUUCUUCGGUUGGCCGGUGUCCCCAUAUGAAUGCCGUAGGGCCCUUUGGGCAGGCCAGGGCCCGCCUGCGCAGCGCAGCCACAGGACGCUGGGGCGCACGCCUUUGCGCGUGCCAGUAAAUAGGGGUCUGGCCGCGUUGCGCGCGGACACCGGCCAGAGGGCCGCUGUUGCUUCGUUAAUUUACAUGAAGAUCCUGGAGG